GGCAUCCCGCCCUGUCCGGCUGCGGCCUGGCUCUCUCCGCUUCCCCAUGUUCCCAGGACCCCCGGCGCCCCUGUCUCCGGCCAUGGGCCCCGCCGCUCGCCCCGCGCCGAGGUCGCCGCCGCCGCCUCCUCCUCCGCCGCCGCCGUCGCCACUGCUGCUGCUGUUGUCCCUGCUGCCAUUCUGGCUGGGCCUGGCGGGGCCCGGGGCUGCGGCGGACGGCAGCGAGCCCACUGCCAGGGCGGGGCGGGGCGGGGCCCGCGCCGUGCGGGUGGACGUGAGGCUGCCGCGGGAGGACGCUCUGUUGCUGGAGGGCGUCAGGAUCGGCCCCGAGGCCGACCCGGCGCUCCAUCUGGGUGGCCGCCUGCUGCUGAUGGACAUCGUGGAUGCUGAGCAGGAGGUGCCCGUAGAAGGCUGGAUUGCAGUGGCAUACGUGGGCAAGGAGCAGGAGGCCCAGAUUCACCAGGAGAGUCAGGACAGCGGCCCACAGGCCUAUCCUAAGGCUCUGGUUCAGCAGAUGCGGAGGGCGCUCUUCCUGGGAGCCUCUGCCCUGCUUCUCCUCAUCUUGAACCACAACGUGGUCCGAGAGCUGGACAUAUCCCAGCUUCUGCUCAGACCAGUGAUCGUCCUCCAUUAUUCUUCCAAUGUCACUAAGCUGUUGGAGGCACUGCUGCAGAGGACCCAGGCCACGGCUGAGAUCACCAGCGGAGAGUCCCUGUCGGCCAACAUCGAGUGGAAGCUGACCCUGUGGACCACCUGUGGCCUCUCCAAGGACAGCUACGGAGGAUGGCAGGACUUGGUGUGCCUGGGAGGCAGUCGGGCCCAGGAGCAGCCCCUGCAACAGCUGUGGAACACCAUCUUGCUGGUGGCCAUGCUCCUGUGCACAGGCCUCGUGGUCCAAGCUCAGCGGCAGGCAUCCCGGCAGAGCCAGCGGGAGCCCCGAGGCCAGGUGGACCUGCUUAAGCGCCGGGUGGUGCAGAGGCUGGCGUCCCUCAAGACCCGGCGUUGCCGGCUGGGCCGGGCAGCACAGGGCCCCCCGGAGCCUGGUGCUGAGACCUGCGCCGUGUGUCUGGACUAUUUCUGCAACAAGCAAUGGCUCCGGGUGCUGCCCUGUAAGCAUGAGUUUCACCGAGACUGCGUGGACCCCUGGCUGAUGCUCCAGCAGACCUGCCCGCUGUGCAAAUUCAACGUCCUGGGGAACCGCUACUCAGAUGAUUAGCUGCCCCGGCUGGGUCUCUGCAUGUGGGGAAGGGACCCCUCCACCUGCAUCCCGGCCCUGGGCCCUGGGUGCCUGGAACAAGACGGCAGGGGGAACAGGACAGAAAACCCUAUGGGUGGAAGGAGGAUAGGGGCCUCCCCUGCUGAGGGGCAAGGUGCCCACCACAUCCACACUGGGAUGGAGGGACCACAGCCCCCAGGCUGAGGAUGCAGGGCCCAGACCCGGCAGGAAGAGAGGCUGCUUUGGGGCCUUUCUCUGCCAUCCUGGGGUGCCUGCCCUCCGCUCAGACAGCUCCCAGGACUCUGGCCAGGGACCUGGGGAAGAGGGUGUGGGCAGUGCUGCUGUUCCCAGGGCUCUGGGAACUCUCUGGCCUGCCUGUCAGGGCAUCCCUGGGGGCUGAGGCUGCAGUGGCCAGGUUUUGUGCUUAUUUAUUGGGGGGUGGGUUGGGAGAGGAGCUAUCCGGCCUUGGGGGCACUCUAGCCUGACCAUAUUCCAUGACACAUCUUGGUGAAGGCUAUGAUGUUAAACCUAGCGGCCUUUCCAUUGCCUGCUACCCUCGGUCCUUGGGCACCGGCAGCUGCAGGUCCCAUGGCCUGUCCAGCUGGGCUCCCUUCUGGGGCCUGGCUGGGACCAGAGGCCUUAGAAACCAUCUAGUCCUGUGCUUCUCCGUGGGGCUACAGGUUGCUGACCAGGAUACUUGAAGCCACAGGAUAAAUGUGGUACAUCUUAUAGGGGCAUCCGGUUUUUUAGAUUUGGGGUAUGGGAGGUUUAAUAUUAAAAUAAACAUGGAUAUAUUUUAACAUAAGAUGUAAAACUUGUGUGGAUGUUUUAAGAUAAACAAGUCGCCCUGGAGUCUACUGCCCAUGGGAGGCGGAUUCUAAAAUGGCCCCCGAGAUUGCCCCAGCCCCCAUGGCCACGCCUUAUGUGAUCCUGGCACUAUGACGCUGAUGGAUUUUACUCCUAUGAUUAGGUUAUGUUAUAUGGCACAGUUGACCUUAAUAUGGGAAAGCAUCCAAGUGGGCCUGACCUAACCACGUGAGCCCAUUAAAAGUAGAGAGUUUUCUCCAGCUGGUGGAAGGAGAGGAAUUCAGAAAUUUGAACCAUGGAGGGGAUUCAAUGCCUGAGAAAUUCUGUUGCCGACUUGAAGAUGGAGGGGCCACGUGGCAAGAAGUUGGAUGGCCUCUCAGAGCCCAGAGUAGCCCUGACAGCGGCACCAGUUCGACAGCUGCAAGAACCAGAAUUCUGCCCACAAUCAGAA